AUGAAAAUUCGCAUCCCUGUUUAUCCUAGCUAUGAAGAAUCAGAUCUUUACAACCCUAAUAGUAGAGAGAGGAAGAACUCAUCAGAAGGCUUAGCUCAUACCAUGUCCUCCUUGCUAUGGGGAUUGACUUUAUUGGUAACCGACUUGUCCUUGAAUGUCAAGACAACCAAGGUCGCAACUGGAGUCAUGAAAAUGAUGCUAAUAGACGCCGCCCCUGGUCGCGAGGAAACUGUCUCCAUGGCCAGUGGAAGCAGCGUCGGAGUCGGUGGUUUGUUUGAGAACGCGGAGGUGACUACGAGUGGCAGACCCGUGCUUCGCCGCAAUGAGGUUGAGUGUUUCCUCCUCUCCUCCGUCGAUUUGGAUUCCGAAGAUGAUCCGCCGCGAUUCACCGCCUUGAGGUCCGGGAAUCUGAUCCUGACCACUCAUCGUCUCAUUUGGAUCCCUUCUCAAUCAAACGCAGCUGUUCCUUCUUUCAUUCCUCUCGCCGCCGUUACCCAAAUCUUUUCCCAUAAGAAAUCCAUCAAGGCUAUGUUCCAUUCGCCCCGAAUCCGAUUCCAAGCGAACCCGGGUUCGGUUGUGGUGACUCUUGUCUUCAGGGGGAAAGGGGAUUUCGAAAGCUUUCUGACGAAAUUCUGGGAAUGUUGGAGAGGCAGGGCAUGGGAGGAGGAUGAGGAGAAGAGCGAGAGCGAGACUUCCCGGUCAGAAGCUGGAACGGUUGCGCAAGGGUUAUACGGAAACGAUGGAACGGUGAGGAUGGUGGGAUUGGCUGGGAUAUUGAGGAAGGAGCAAGAACAGUGGGAGAGCACAGACAAGAGCUUGCAGGACGCUUUUCAGGAUUUGAAUGCUCUUAUGAGUAAGGCUAAAGAGAUGGUGAGUCUUGCAGAAAAAAUGCGGCAAAAGCUAUUGUCUGCUCCUAGUAGUCAGAACGGAUCAACUGAUGAUGAAAUAAUGGGGUCUAAAGAAGAAAUGCAACAAUGGAUGUUGAGCGUUGGUAUCAUCUCCCCUGUUACAAAGGAAUCUGCUGGCGCCUUGUACCAUCAAGAAUUGUCCCGCCAGUUGGCAGAUUUUGUCAGAAUCCCGUUAGAACAAGCUGGAGGAAUGAUCAGCCUUACUGAUAUGUAUUACCACUUCAAUCGUGCUCGUGGGACAGUAAUGCUGCGGAAGUUUGAUAGCGGUGUGAUGGUCAUCCAAAACAAGUCCCAUAGCGAUGAAGAGGUUAUGAGUAGAAUCAGAAUGCUGGUUACCAAAACCGAAACUCUAAGAACCGGAGUAACUGCUAGUGAUGCAGCUCUGACACUGAAGAUCGCUCCAGCAAUGGCAAAGGAACACCUACUCACUGCAGAGACGAAAGGUUUGCUGUGUAGAGACAUGAGCCCAGACGGGCUUCGAUUCUAUUUCAACCUGUUUCUCGAGAUGGAUGCAGCCAAUCUCUAUUUAGUCAAGGACUUUGGGACGUACGGUGAAUGGGUGAAAGCGGCCAGUUCGUUGUCCGCGUGA